AUGCAGACUAUCAAGACAGUGGAGACACAAGUGCCCUUCCUCAAAGAGAGUUUAUUCACCUCCACAUUUAAAGGGAGGCGUAAGAGCAGCAUGAGCAACAUCCUCCGCAGACAGCAGCACGUGCCCCACCUCCAACAACAGCAGUGCAUCUUAGAACACAAACACCCAACUGCACAGCAAAUCAUUUCCCCUUCAGAGCCUUCCCAGCAUCUGUGCCUAAUGCGCUCCAACAGCAGUCCAUUAUCAUCCCCAGCAUCAGCAUCACAUCUGAGUGAGUUGGCACGGCAGCAGGGAUUAAGCUGCGCGGACAGAUCGGAGCGAAAGAACAGCCGGGGAGGAGCAGCGGUAGCCCAGGAAAAAGACCAGGAUGCCCCGCCACGAGCACAGCACCACAGCCUGUUAGCCAAAGGGGUGCGCCUGUUCAGGAAUAUGGGCAAUCAAGAGGCAAAACAGAAGAAAACGAGUGGAGGAGCAGCGGGGGAUGCCCAGUGUGAUGGAGAUGAUGAUAGAGAUGUGGACAAGAAAUCGAAAAAGUUGCAAAACAAAGCAGAGAGCAAGAAGAAAGCAAAGUCAGAUUCAAAAACUUCUGUAUUUUCCAACAUGAAGAUCAAAAAGGCUAAAAGAUCCUCCAAAGAAGAUAUCCUGGAAGAACAGAAAGUGGAAGCAAGUCGAUCCGUGGAUGAUUUUGGAAUGUUGUCAGAUUAUGAAGGAGAUUCAAACUAUUUUGUGUUAAACGGGGCGCAGUCUGGAGAGAAUGGACACAAAACAAGCUCAGGAUCAGACAUUGACCUCUACAGCUUUCACUCUGCGGCAAUGGACAAUGACGACCUUUUAAAAGACAUCCAAAUGAGCAUAAGACAGCAGUGUGUCGAAACCGAAGAGUUGCUAGAGCUAAUGGUCAGUCAGUACUCCCAAAGGUCAACCGCUGAGGGCAAAGUCAUAAGUAGCAAGAAUAAGCAAGCUUUAACUCCCACAAGUGCAGCAAAGACCAUAGAAAAUGCGAGCCAGGGUAUUCCAAUGUCUAGAGAUUCGUCUGGUGAAAGUGGACAGUUGGCAGAACUAAGCAAUAGUAGCCUUUUCCCCAAAACAAACAGCACAUAUAGUUUUCCAGAUACUACAGGCACUACAACAUCCUAUGAGAGUGCAGAGGAGCCCCAGGAUGAGCUAGAGAGCCCGGUUCCAGUCAGUUCAGGCCUGCAGAGUAAAAUGUGUGUUCCAAAUAUUUACCUGGAUGCUGGUAUUGUAGCAGGUGCAGGGCCUCUUUGUGGUCAGAAGAGUGUAAGCAGCACCGAUCUGUCAAUGGAGAGAGGGGAGGAGGAGGAACUUAGAAAACAAAACUUCCUGUCACUCAAAAGAAGGAAGAAUAGUAUGUCAUCCAAUCAGCUAAACAUAGAUUCACAGACAAGAAGAAGAAGCUCGACAGUCAAACUCUACCCUCCUGUGCACCCCUCUUAUGUGAAGACCACCACCAGACAACUCACCUCUCCCAUAGGUUCUCCUUUAACUAGCCCCAACGUGCCCAGGAAGGAACCCACAGCCCAGGACUCAAGUGCAGAGGCGUCAGGGUUCCGAAAGAGGAAGCAGAGGUCUUCUUCCAUUGGUGGGCCCUUGAGUGCUAAAGAAUGGGAAGCAGACCUGGAGUUGGACAUUAAGCCUAAGAGUGAAGUCAAAGCAGAAGAGAAGGAAACACAAGACAAGGUUUUUACAGCUGGCACCUACUGGACUCUGGGAUCCAGGAGAGCACACUAUGUCCGGCAAGCCUCCAACACCCCAACUCCCUACCUGGAUGUCUUCUCUGGUCAGACCUUGCUGGAGAGGGUGAGUUUGCAGCAGGGGGAGGGCUGUACGGGCCAAGAAGCAAAGGACCUAUGUCAGACAAUGUUGGCUCUGGGCUUACUCCACCCUUUCAGUGAUAGCAACGGAGAGUCCAACCACGGCACCACAACUCCAACUUCUCCUCUCUUCUAUGAGGAGCAGCUGUACACCUGGGCCUCUCUGGGACUGCCUGUAUCCUCUCACAUAUGGGAGUUGUACGGAGGUAAAAGCACUGGCAGAGUCACUAACGCCAGGCGCGCUCUGCUGCAGACGUCACCUGUCAAACCCUCAUCAGCUCUGCCCUCUCCGACAGAAUCCAGCAGGUUGAAAUCAGGACAGUCUUCCUCAGAGGAUGAAGGCCUUCUGGUGCCUCAGCUGGAGCGCACCAUCAGUGAUCUGCGGAUUAAGAUUGAUGUGCUGCGGGGCCAGCAGGGCAGCUCCGCAAAAGAGACAGAGAAGUCUGGUGACAGUUCAGGGGCUGGUAUUCUGCACAAGACCUCACAGGUGACAGGCAGAGUAACAGGGAAAAAACAAGAUGUGUGUGUCCAGACUUCCCCCACCAAAGAGAGUCUAAGGGCUGACAGUGUGCCUUUGAGCCAGGCAUCAACUGGGAAAUCUACUCCCACUUCAGCUUCAGAUGGCCCUGUGUGCAGUAUCUGCCAGAAGAAGCAACAAACUGAUGUUAAAGCUACACCUCCUCCACCUGCAAUGGGACCCCUAUGUGCUCCUCCACCUCCACCCCCCCCCCUCCUCCUCCUCCCCCAGGUAUGGGACCACCACCUCCCCCCCCUCCCCCCACCUCCUCCUCCUCCUCCUGGUAUGGGACCCCCAGCUCCUCCGCCACCACCCUCCCCUCCUUUUGGUAUGGGACCACCCCCCCCACCCCCUCCCCCUGGUUGUGGACCACCACCCCCACCCCCUCCUCCUGGUUGUGGACCUCCUCCACCACCUCCUCCACCUGGGAUGGGCCCACCUCUUCCCCCACCUCCGGGCUUUGGUCCUCCCCCUCCACCAGGGCCCAUGCCCUCCAUGGUCGUCCAGGAAGCAGCUACUGCCAAGGCCAUAAUUGAGCCCCCCAAGCCCAUGAAGCCACUGUACUGGACACGCAUCCAGCUGCAUGCUAAAAAGCAUAAUGACAAGUUGGUGUGGGAAAAAAUUGAAGAACCAUCUGUGGAUUUUGAUGAAUUUGUGGAGCUCUUUUCUAAAAGUGCUGUAAAGGAAAAGAAAAAGCCAAUUUCAGACACCAUCAGCAAAACCAAAGCCAAACAGGUGGUGAAGCUGUUGAGCAACAAGCGGUCUCAGGCUGUGGGCAUUUUGAUGUCUAGUAUUCAUCUGGACAUGAAGGACAUCCGUAAUGCCGUUCUCAACAUGGACAACAGCAUCGUGGACCUGGAGACACUGCAAGCUCUGUACGAAAAUCGAGCUCAAGCAGAUGAACUGGACAGCAUCAAAAAGCACAUCACUGCAACCAAAGACAAGGAGGAUGCAAAGCUAUUGGACAAACCAGAACAAUUUCUACACCAGUUAUCUGAAAUCCCCAACUUUUCCCAGCGAGUCUUCUGCAUCCUUUUCCAGUCGAGUUUCCACGAGUGCAUCACCUCCGUCGUUCGAAAAGUAGACAUCCUUCAGAAAGUGUGCAAGAAUCUGCAGGGGAGCCAGAGCGUACUACAAGUUCUGGGUCUGGUGCUCGCCUUUGGAAACUACAUGAACGGAGGGAACCGCACUCGGGGGCAGGCUGACGGCUUCACACUGGACAUUCUGCCAAAACUCAAGGACGUCAAGAGCAGUGAUAACUCCCAAAGUCUUUUGUCCUACAUCGUUGCUUACUAUCUGAAGCACUUUGAUGAGGAUGCUGGCAGAGAGACCUGUGUGUACCCACUGCCCGAGCCUCAGGACCUGUUCCAGGCCUCACAGAUGAAGUUUGACGACUUUGAGAAGGACUUACGCAAAUUGAGAAAAGACCUCAAUGCGUGUUCGGCGGAAACUGACAAAGUGUGCAAGCUGUCAUCGGAAGAGAACCUCCAGCCUUUUAAGGACAAGAUGGAUGACUUUCUCAACAAAGCCAAAACAGAGCUGGAGACGCAGGAGAGGCAGCUGGCAGACACUCAGAAGAUUUUCUUGGAGCUCAGUGUGUCUUUCUCCGUCAAACCCAAAGCAGGAGAGAAGGAGGUCUCCCCCAACACGUUCUUCUCCAUUUGGCACGAGUUCUCCUCCGAUUUCAAAGAGCAGUGGAAGAGGCAGAACAAGCUGAUGUUACAGGAGAGGGUGAAAAUGGCUGAGGAAUGCUUCAAACAGGCCAGAGAGAAGGCUUCCUACAACGUGAAACCCAAACAUGCAACUGGAAUAAAAGCCAAGUUGGGCCAGAAGAUCUGA